GCCGUGCUAUCGCCCGCGCAAUCGGCGGCGUUAUCGGCUGCGCUUGAGCUCAGCGGAGUGCGAUUUCUCUGGUGCGUCAGAGAGGGGACGGAGAUUCCAGCGGGGUUUGAUGAAAGAGUGGCACCGCUAGGGUUUGUGAUGAAGGGAUGGGCUCCGCAGGUGGAGAUUCUGGGCCAUGUUUCGGUGGGGUGGUUCUUGACCCACUGUGGAUGGAACUCGGUGAUUGAAGCUGUGACUGCAGGGGUGGCGUUGUUUACAUGGCCGCGAGGAGCGGACCAAUUCAUUAACGCUCAGCUACUGGAGGAAGCAGGGAUGGCGGUCCGCGUGGCUGACGGAAGUGAAACGGUGCCGGACGCUGUGGAGCUGGCUAGGGUUUUGGGUGCGGAGGUGGGAGGUGAAAAUAAUGGGAAGAUCUCUGGGAAGGCUUCUGAGCUGAGAGAAAUGGCCAGAAAAGCGACGACUGAGCGCGGGAGUUCUUUCCGUGAUCUGGAUUCGUUGGUGGCGGAGUUGAAGGGGCUGGCGUUGACGAAGAAGACCAGCUCGGCACACGGGCUAAUCUAAGGGUCUGAUUGUUCGGGAGCUGUAAUUUUUUAAAUAAACAGCUAAUAAAUUAGUUGUGGUGGCUAUUAUAAAUUUUAUUUUUUGAAAAAAUCAGAUCACUCCUAGAAAGUUGUCAUCACACAUAUUGAGUGUUUAUUCUGUGCGGACACCGCACGCAAGUUUGCGUGGGGUGUCCAAUAAAAAUGUAACACGUGGAAAAUGCAGGUCCCAUAAUUAAAAAAUAUAAAAUUCCUAUUUUCUUACUGCGUGACCCAGCCCGAGCCCAGCCUGAUGCAACGAAAAAUUAAAUCUCGCACCUCAGAAAAAGGUCAGAUCAUCGGAAAGCUAAAUGUCGCCCGAGCCCGCACAACACCUGCAUUCAUUCGACAAUCGUUUAGGGUUUUUAUUGUUUGUCGGUCAAAGGAAAAUCGCACUUUCUCCUUAAGAAGAUGGAAUACGAGCCGAGACAGACGGAAAUCGAAAAUAGCUUUGUGAGAAUGAAGACAGAAGAGUCGUUGAUAUUGGAGAACGAAGUGGAAUCGACAAUGGAGGCUAAUAAACCCAAGAAAAAAGAAGCAAAAAAACGUAAGAAGAAGGAAAUUCAAGAGAGAUAAUCCAGGUUUGUGAACCCAUGGUCCAUAAACUGUAGAUGAUGGUCGUCCGUAGUGAGAGAUGUGCUCGAUAAAGUCAGGUCUGCCCUAUCUGAAGCAUCAGAUAUGAGCUAAAAAUGAUGAAGUUGCCUUUUUGAUCGGCAUGUCAAAUAGAGGAGAAGUGUAAAAGUGGAAGAAAGUUCUAUCAUGUAG